CGUUUCCGGAAAAUGUGUUAUUAUAAACACAAGGUUUUGACCUGAACGACUGCUCGAAUUUAGUCCCCAAAAGCAUGUCUGUUCGAAAAUUUUGCACACUGUGCAUGCAAAAUGCAAGCCAAUCUGCUCUUAAAUCAGCCAAAAAGUUUUACAGUUCAAGCACGAAACUGACCAAUACUGAGGUACGCAAGAAGAGGAAUGCUUUAUUUGAAGAAGAAAAGCAAAGACAGAGAGCUGCAUAUGUGAAACGUGUAGAAAAGAUUCUAGUCAACUACAAAGGCCAACCUAAAGAUGUAAAACUGUUGAUGAACAAGGGAAUCUCAACCCCAUACAACUGUGCCAUGCACAUUAAUGAGUUCUUGAUGAAGCGUUCUAUUGUUGCCUUGGUGAAUGGAGAACUCUGGGAUAUACAUCGACCCCUGGAAGAACCUUGCGACAUUGAAUUCAGACACAUGCUAGAUCAAGAUCCUAAACUGCCUAAUCAGGUAUUUUGGAGAACUGGUGCCUUUAUCUUGGGUCAUGUAAUGGAAACAGCUUUCAAAGAUAAUGUUUAUGUGGAAUUAUGCUCAUUCCCUCCAAUACCAGUGGAGAAGGGCUGCUUUGUGUAUGAUGUUGACCUGAAGCUUCCAGACUGGAAACCUUCACAGAGAGAGCUUACCAGUUUAAGCAUGGUGGGUGGGGAACUGUGGGAUAAAAACUGGGACUUUGAGAGGCUGGAGGUGGAUGCCAGCUUGGCACUGAAGAUGUUUGAAGAUAACAGGUUUAAGCGAGAGCAGAUACCUGAUAUAGCCCAGAAGCACAAGCAGAAGCGAGUAGUACUGUACAGAAUGGGGGAGCACAUUGACAUCACGUCUGGGCCCCUGAUAGCAAACACCUCCCAGUUAUACAGGUUUCAAGUUGCCCAGAUUCACCACAUAAAAAGUCGAAGGUUUGGCCCCUUGCAGCGUGUUCAGGGGAUUGCAAUGCCCUCAGCCCUUCAUAUGCACUGGUGGAGCUGGGACUUGCUAUGUAAACGAGCCUCAAAACCUAUGGACUACUUACUGCCUGACUAUUUCAUAAGCCCCAGUAAAGAGCCAACUCAACAGAAAGAAGACAAUGUGAGAGCAGCAGUUGAAAACUAACACUGGUUUCACACAGAAGCUAAAUAAAUAUUAAAUCCUACCGGUAUGUUAAAUAUUUGCAAUGCCUUGAACAAUUUACAACUGACAUCAAACUUUGCUUGUCAACUAACAAUGUGGUUGUCUGACAUUUUGCUAGUUUGUCUUCAUUUUCAAGAAAUAAAUGAUGCAGCAUUUAGCUGUACUUAUCAAGGAUUACUUGACAUGUUUAUAUUUUAAAUAUUGUGUAUAGUGUUACAGCAUCAGGUUAGUAUUCAUGUGUACAAUACUAUUGGAAAUGUCUAAAUGGUAUUUGUGUGAAAUGUUUUCAUAAUUUCUUUUAAAAAAAGAGAACAUCUGGGUUUUAAACUGUUUAUUAUCUAUAAAUUUGUUUAUUAUCUAUAAAUUAGUGCAUACAUGUAUAUUAUUUUGGAGUAUUGCAUCAGGUUUGAUUUGUUUUUCUUUCAGAUAGACUAUUUUAACAAUUUUGAACAUAGCAUGCAUAUAUAUGAUAAAUAGCUAUAAAAUGACCAGUUAAUGAACAUGGACUUGUUUUGAUUGUACAUGUUUUUGCAAUCAUAUCAAAUGCCGUUUUGAAUUGCAAGUUUUAAAUUUGUGAAAUAUAUGAAAAUUGCAAAUGGAAGUGUAUGCUUAAAUACAGCAAUAUAUAUUACAGAAUAAAAUUAGUAAAUAUU